GGGAGGGUCCGGGCCAGAGGCUGAUAAACAGACGAGCGCCGGCUGCGCGCACUUGUAGCGGAUCAGUGCGGGACUCAGAGCGAGAGAGAAGCACAAGCGAGAGAGAGAGGCAGAGCCGGGGAGCAGAAAGCCGCGAGGUCGCUAGGAGGAAGGGUAUCGCAAAGAGAGAGCUUGGACGGCAUGCAAAGUUGUGAAAUAUCUUCAGACGGCACUGAUGAUCCUCUUAGUAGCGGCUCACGGAGACACCGGCAACCUCGAAUAGUGAUUAUUGGGGCUGGGCUCGCUGGCCUGUCUGCUGCAAAAACCCUCCUGGAAAAGGGCUUCACGGAUGUGACGAUCCUUGAGGCGUCUGACCGAAUCGGAGGCAGAGUCCAAAGUAUUAAACUUGAAAACGCCACGUUUGAACUGGGAGCGACCUGGAUCCAUGGUUCCGACGGCAACCCCAUCUACCAUCUAGCAGAAGACAAUGGUUUGUUGGAGGAAACUACGGACGGGGAGCGAAGCGUCGGCCGCAUUAGCCUCUACUCCAAGAAUGGAGUGGCUCACUACCUCACCAACGGCGGCCACAGGAUCCCGAAAGAUCUGGUUGAAGAAUUCAGUGAUGUAUAUAACGAGGUCUAUAACCUGACUCAGGAAUUCUUUCAGAACGGGAAGCCGGUCAAUGCUGAAAGUCAGAACAGCGUUGGAGUUUUUACGCGUGACGUCGUGCGGAAACGCAUCAAGGAGGAUCCCGACGAUUCGGAGAACACGAAGAAGCUCAAGCUGGCUAUGGUUCAGCAGUUUUUAAAGGUUGAAAGUUGUGAGAGCAGUUCGCACAGUAUGGACGAGGUGUCGCUCAGUGAGUUCGGCGAAUGGACGGAAAUUCCUGGCGCCCAUCACGUUAUCCCUUGCGGAUUCAUUCGGAUAGUGGAGAUCCUUUCCUCUUCUGUCCCUGCUUCGUUGAUCCAGCUGCGCAAGCCCGUGAAAUGCGUCCACUGGAACCGCUCCGUAAGGAAACAGAUCGACCAGGUCGCCGACCACAACAACGACCAAGUGGAGGACAAGGGUUUCCCCGUCUUUGUGGAAUGUGAAGAUUACGAGUUCAUCGCGGCUGAUCACGUCAUUGUCACUGCCUCUCUGGGCGUCAUGAAGAAGUUCCACGAGACUCUGUUUCACCCCAGUCUCCCGGAAGAAAAGGUAACGGCCAUCGAAAAACUGGGCAUCAGCACCACCGACAAGAUCUUCCUGGAGUUCGAGGAGCCUUUCUGGAGCCCCGAGUGUAACAGCCUCCAGUUUGUGUGGGAGGAUGAGGCCGAGAGCGAGAGCCUGACGUAUCCCGAGGAGAUGUGGUACAAGAAGAUCUGCAGCUUUGAUGUCCUCUACCCCCCGGAGAGAUACGGUUACGUGCUCAGUGGCUGGAUUUGUGGGGAGGAGGCUCUGAUUAUGGAGAAAUAUGAUGAUGAGACUGUCGCCGAAACCUGCACGGAGCUCCUGCGCAAAUUUACAGGGAAUCCUAACAUUCCAAAGCCUCGGCGGAUACUGAGGUCCUCGUGGGGCAGUAACCCGUAUUUCUUUGGGUCGUAUUCCUACACUCAAGUGGGCUCCAGUGGAGCAGAUGUAGAGAAGCUGGCAAAGCCUCUGCCUUAUACGGAGAGCUCCAAAACUGCUCCGCUGCAGGUGAUGUUUUCGGGCGAGGCCACACACAGGAAGUAUUAUUCCACCACUCACGGGGCUCUGCUCUCAGGCCAGCGGGAGGCCGAGCGUCUGUCCGAAAUGUACCAAGAUCUCCUGCAGCGCCAGAAAUGAGGCCUCACAACCACUAAACUUGGGAUUGCCACUAAUGUCCGUCUACUUGUCCCUUCUGUCUUUCUUCUUUUUUUUUUUUUUUUUUAACAAUAAAUAUGUCCAGAUUUUUAUCUUUUUAAGAAAAAAAAAAAACCGCGACCGUUUUAAAGAAAAGUGUCACCAGUUGACCUUUCCUGUACUGUAUGGCUCGUGGGAAAGGUGCUCUCUCUGUCAUGUUUUUAACACUCGCACAACCGGUGCCUCUCCUUCUCUCUUCUCUGUCUUGUAAGUGCCUUCUAGGAUGCUAAAAGAACACAAAUAAUAAUAAAUGCAUAUCAGGUCA